GUUGCCUCUGAAGCGUUAGCUUUUUUCUAUUGCUCUGCACCUGACCCUCCAUGGCAUUGCCAAAACGAAUUAUCAAGGAAACCGAACGCUUGCUGGCCGAGCCCGCACCAGGCAUUAGCGCCACGCCUCACGAGGAUAACUUGCGCUACUUUGAUGUUAUCAUCAGUGGCCCUACUCAGUCACCAUUUGAAGGUGGCAUAUUCCAUCUCGAGUUAUUUUUGCCCGAGGAAUAUCCCAUGGGACCUCCCAAAGUUAGAUUCCUUACCAAAAUCUACCAUCCCAACAUUGAUAAGCUUGGCCGUAUUUGCCUUGAUAUUCUGAAAGACAAAUGGUCUCCGGCUCUUCAAAUCCGCACUGUUCUGCUGUCUAUACAAGCAUUGCUGUCUGCACCUAAUCCUGAUGAUCCCUUAGCCAACGAUGUAGCACAACAUUGGAAGGAAAAUGAGCCCGAUGCCAUCAAGACAGCUCGUGAGUGGACAAGCAUGUAUGCGCAGAAUUAGGUGGUUGAAUUGCAAGAGCAUGUCGAAGAUUCUUUAAUUGCUCGUUGUUAUUGAUUGUGUCUUCUGUUUCUCGGUCUCGUUUGUCUCUUUUUUCAUCAUUCUGUUGUCUCCCUUUGCAAUGUCCUCCUUGUCCCUCUGCGAGUUAUUUAUGGUUCGCCACAAUCAAUUUUUGUUACAAUUCUUUACACAUCAUUUCUUUUACUGAUUAU